AUGAUCGACCAAAAGGGCAAGUACGUAUCUCGACGAACUCAUGAUCUCGCCUAUCUGCCCGAGGCCUGUCGACUAAAGACAGUUGCUAUUCAUCUGCCCGAGUCCUCCAGGCAGUAUAUGCGACGUAAGCAUGAGCCGCCUCAGAUCGUUCGGUUCUUGGCACAAAAGUCGAGAAAUCAGCCUAACUUCCGCCGCUUCCGCGCGUUGCGUACGUUACAGGGUGUUGAUUAUCUAUACUGCCUUCGUGGAGUUCGGGAAAUGACCUUCUUCGACUAUGACGAAUCGCGACGACAGCCCCCGAAAAUGCCAGUUCGUGACUGGACUUUUGUCCGUGAUAUCAAUGAGUCUGUACGCAGGGAAAAGUCUGCAAAUGAUGAACACUUCUCCCAGCUUCGGUACCUAGCUCCAUUGUUGAUCCAGCCUUCCGUCGAACUCGCUAGGCAGCUUGAGGAAAUCGUCAACCCAGCGCCUCAGCGAAUGGGUCUCUUGUCACCACCUCCUGAUAUGUACCCCCAGCUGCAGGCCGCCUUGGAUCAGACUGAUAGCUCUGAGAAUGAAUCCGAUGGCGAUGCCAGCGACGGAAAUUCUGAUGAAGAGAUGGGGGGAGACACUGACGAUGAUGGCAGUGACGGUGAUGACGAUGAUGAUGGUGGCAGCGGCGGUAGUGAUAGCGGCGCAGAUGCCCGCUUCUAUCAUCAACUUCUUGCUGCAGAUGACUACCGCCGUGAGCGAGAUGAUAGCCCGGCCGAUGAGCUGGUAGCAGGGAGGUCCGAUACCUUAUCUGGUAAUCGGUCUGAUCCCGAGUCUGAACAAGAACAGAAGAAAGAGGUAUGGUCAGAUAAUGGGCAAACCAUCGACUUAAUGAGCGACGAUGAGGACGAUGACGGGUCCCAGUAUGGAAGAGACCGGUCUACCUCUCUGUUCGUUCGGAGCCCCCCACGAGAACAUCGACCUGAGUUCACCACCAAGGUUGAAACGCCGUCUCCUCCCAAGGCAACCCCUCCAGUUCUCGCUGACCAGGCUGAAAUAACGCCGGUGAGGGAGGCCAGCGCUGACAGUAGCUUGUUUGUGAGCCCUACCCCCUAUGAGGUUCUGAACCCUCAAGCAGGAGAUCGUGAAUCGCCAAUUGACCUCACUGAACCUAUGGAGAUGCCAUUCUCUUCUCCUGCUCCGUCUUCAUGCUUGAGCUCGAGCAGCUGUUCUUCAGGUUCCAAGCGAGAAUGGAGUUUUAUCAGCGUGGAUGAUGAUGACGAGAAUGAUGGCGAUGAUGAGGACGAAGGCUUCCGAGUCUUGGGAAGUGUUCACAAGCGGCCACGCCGCCCUGACGGUGAUGGUGACGAUGACGGUGCUGAAAUGAUGGACCUAGAGGAGGAGUCUCUGGAGGAGCAGCCUCAAGAGGAGUUUGUCAUGACUUAG